AAGAAUAUCGAAAGAGGCGCGGUCUUUUCUCAAUAAUUUUUAAAUAAGAAAUUUCUCCAUAUUCCCGCGAAGUAUGCAAAUGCAUUGAUUCCCAUGGACCCCUCUUCGCUGUAUCGCACUAAUUAACUACGUUUCAAAUGAUCAACUACACGUCUAGUAGUAGUACAAGUACUUGUUGUCAGGGUGGUGCUAUCGUCUUGCGACAUCGUGCGUGACAUAUCCUGUAGACUGUAAUGAUAAUGUUGCACCGAAUUCGAGUGUACAACCCGAGCCCGGUGGCAGCCAAGUGUAUGACAGGAACACCGGGCAAAAUUGCCCUUGGCCGUGAUGACGGCUCUAUCGAAGUCUGGUCGACCAGGAACUCACUUUUUUGCAUAGCUCAAUUUGACUCGCCCUUCAAGUGUGUGGAAGCGCUGGCAUUCGCUAAGAGCGUUCAUGAGGAGAAACAGCUGACGUUAUUCUCAACGGGAAUCGAUGGAAGAAUAAUCAGGUAUAAUGGACAAGGAAAGGUAGAGGAAGCCUUAAUGAUUUCCGGAUCUCCCAUCUGGUGCCUGGCUACAUCUCCCUCUGGUAAACGGCUUGCUGCUGGAUCAGAGGAUGGGUACGUCCACAUCAUUGACACAACUCAACACGUAAUGGUGUCUACAAGAAGGCUUCAACAAAAGAUAGUCGGCCGCAUUCUAUCGUGUCAUUGGUUUCCUUGCGAGGAAAAACUUGUGACUGGAUCUCUAGACUCGCUGAAAAUUUGGGACGUCGAAAAGGAGCGCGCUAUCGAGAAUAUGACAUUAUCACGGGUCAACCGCAAGGAUCCGUCGCUUGUCUUCAGUGUUGUCGUUGUUGAAGAGGGACGCACUAUUGUUUCAGGCGAUUCUUGCGGACGGAUCAUCUUUUGGGACUCGCACACAGGCAGCCAGAUCCAGAAUUUCAAACUGCAUGCGUCUGAUGUAUUGACUAUGCACGCAUUUGAUGAUGAGGUUUUCGCAGCGGGGGUCGAUCCCGUCAUUUUUCGACUGUACCGCAGUGAAAACCGCUGGCUACACGAAAAGAUCAUCCAAUCCCAUACACAUGACAUCCGUGCCCUGUGGCUUCAGGAUGAUCGCCUUUUUUCGGUCGGCGUUGACGCUCAACUUGGUGUUAUUCAUCUGUCAUCGCCCAACAAACACUUCCAGCGAAUCCUUCCGCCAAGUUUUUCCCGUAAUGUAGAGUGUGACGAUAAUCUGCUACUGUUCAACUACGGUACCCAUGUUGAGCUGUGGACAACACAACCUGGAGAAAAACUCAAACUGCUUGUAAAGCUCAAGGCAUCCAUAAGUUCGCCAUUUCGCGUGGUGCACAUUUGCAGGACCUCAUUUGCGGUAGCAAGCGCCACAAAAGUGAUGAUCUACAAGCUAUCACUAUCCCGUGACAACCGUCUGGAGGGCUGCGAGAAGAUCUAUUCGAACGAGCUACCAGAUGAUGUCGCCGUUCGGAGUCUCCUGCUUAGUUCAUCGGGCAGGAGGCUCUUUAUCGCUUUGCAGGACGGUCGCCUGAUUUUAGCCAACGUUGCUGAAGAGACAAUUGACACUAGAGCGCGUCUAACGGGAGCAUCUGUGACGUGCUGCGCUGCAGGGCCGCAGUUCGUCGCUUUUGGCGAUUCGCUUGGAAACGUCACACUCUAUGAUCACGAUCUAAAGCUCAAAUGCAGUUUACCGAAACACUCGACCGCUGUCCCACUUGCAAUGCAUUUCGAAAAUGAUCGAUUGUACGUUGGUUAUGACGAUCUAAUUUUCUAUGAGUUCUGUACAAGAGCAGAAAAAUACGCGGCCUGGAGUGAGAACUGUCUCAAGGAUCAAAACUUCGAAGCGCGAGUCACCCAGAUCCGUAAAGGCAUGCUGAGCUCCGACGGGCUUCGCGACAUUGUAUUAACUCCAUCAAGCGACGUCUUGCUAGGAUUCGAGGCAAAGGUGUGCCUAGCUAAGAAGGCGCUUCUGCCUACUGAUUGUAAACAAGGCGUCGCCGUUAGUCCGGAUUUUUCUAACGCGGUUAGGCUUUGGCGCCAUUAUGAUGACGUAGCCGUCUGCGAAAUUAGCGGAAAUCAGCUCGCAUUGAAUUUACCACCAAUUCUUAAAAAGAAACGAUUUGUUUAAGUAUCCGAAUCAUUUGGACUCCGUGGUAUGGUGCCUGUCAGUUCUGUACAUAUUUUUUCUGUGGGAUAAAUCUAGAAUAUUUGAGCGUUAUAUAUUUGCUUUGGGUUAUGAGAAUGUCACAGGAUUAUCAGGAUCGCUGUGUGAUGCGAGUUUAAAUAAUCAACCCUCAGCCGUUAAGCGUAAACAACGAUAUGAGAAUUCAAUUAAUUUCUCAUUGUGCUAACCAUGUCAUACGUUGUCGAUAACGGAAAUAUGUGCGGUGCAACGGCGAAGAAGGGGGUUAGUGUAAGAUAAAAUUUCACGUUGUAGGUACAUACAGUGUCACGCUAUUGGUCUAUAGGUAGGUUUAUCAAAUAAAGUUAAUAAUUGUUGGUUAGAACCGGUA